CCACGCACGCCGUGGUUUGCGCGAAGGUGGACGGGCGCGCCGGUUGCGAGUCGCUCCUUCCCGAGUCGCCGCCGCGGCCUCGGGCGUCUCAGCUCUCCGCGUUCUCCUGGGAUGCCGGGCGUGUCCACCCGGGGCCUCUCCCAGGAAGAGAGGAGGCAGCUGGCUGUGAACGUCACCCGGGUGCUGGCGCUCUACCGCUCCAUCCUGGACGCCUACAUCAUCGAAUUUUUUACAGACAGUCUGUGGGGCAUUCUUCCCUGUUCAUGGCAAGAAGCAUUGGAUGGACUGAGCCCCCCACAGCUGGCCACCCUGCUGCUGGGGAUGCCCAGGGAAGGGGAGGUGGUCAGGUACAGGUCAGUUUGGCCACUUACUCUGCUGGCCCUGAAGUCCACAGCAUAUGCCCUCGCCUUUACCCGGACACCUGGCUUUCAGACGCCGUCAGAGUUCCUGGAGAACCCCAGCCAGAGCUCCCGACUGACGGCUCCUUUUCGUAAACAUGUCAAGCCUAAGAAGCAGCAUGAGAUCCGGAGGCUGGGAGAGUUGGUUAAGAAGCUGAGUGACCUCACUGGCUGCACCCAGGUUGUGGAUGUAGGCUCAGGCCAGGGCCAUCUCUCCCGCUUCAUGUCUCUGGGGCUGGGACUGAUGGUGAAGAGCCUGGAAGGGGAUCCAAGACUGGUGGAGAGAGCACAGCGCCUGGACCAGGAGCUCCUGCAAGCUCUGGACAAAAUGGAAAAGAGGCACCCGAGGGAGGCCCGGAUGGGCCCUCGCCAUCCCCCACACCAUGUGGCUCAGUGGGUGGACCCCACAGCCCUGUGUGAGGAGCUGCUGCUUCCCCUGGAGCAACCGGGACAGGCUGGCACCCGCCUGCUGCUCACAGGCCUCCACGCUUGUGGGGAUCUGAGUGUUGCCCUGCUCCGGCACUUCUGCUGCUGCCCUGAGGUGGUGGCCGUGGCCUCGGUGGGCUGCUGCUACAUGAAGCUCAGUGACCCCGGGAGCUACCCACUGAGUCAGUGGGUGGCUAGUCUGCCUGGCCAUGAACUGCCCUACAGGCUCCGAGAGGGGGCGUGCCAUGCCCUAGAGGACUAUGCUGAGCGGCUGCAGAAAGCAGGACCUGCCUUGCAAAGCCACUGCUUCCGUGCAGCGCUGGAGACGGUCAUCCGACAUGCCUGCCCUGAGCUCCGCAGGCCCGGUGUGCAGGGGAUCCCCAGAGCCCAUGAGCUCCAGAUCCAAGAGUACGUGCAGCAGGGGCUACGGCGAGUGGGGCUGGACCCCCAGCUGCCGCUGAACGUGCCUGCACUGCGGGCUCACCAGGCCCAGGGGGACCGCGUGGUGGCCUUCUUCAGCCUGGCUCUCCUGCUGGCCCCGCUGGUGGAGACGCUGAUUCUGUUGGACCGGCUACUGUAUCUCCAGGAACAAGGCUUCUAUGCUGAGCUCCUGCCCAUCUUCAGCCCUCAACUCUCUCCCAGAAAUCUGGUUCUGGUGGCCACUAAGACACCUCUGGGUCAGGCCUUCUCUGUUUUGGAAACUGAAGACAGCUGACAGGAAGGGCGCACCUCAUCCCACCUGAGCCCGCACGUGCCAGCCUGGCCAGGUGUGUUUCUUCAUCCACCAACACCCUGGCUUCCUGCAAACUUCAGAUUCAUCCCCCCUUCCCUCCCUCGUGUUGUGUUUUAUUAAAACCUGGAACAAGACUUGA